CUCGCUUUGCACUUGCUAAUAUCUCCUCGUUCACGCUUUUCAAUUCGACCAUGAAGCCGGCCGUCGGAGUUCUGGCCAGUGCUGCCGGGCUCAAGUUGGCCCAGGCAGCCAGUCUGGCUGACGUCUGUACUCCAGCUCACGUCAAAAGCGUUCUCCCAGCUAGCGACAGCAUCAGUGGUUUGAAGAUCGAUUCGUCCUCUAUUACCGCCAACGCCGUCUAUAAUGCCUCUACCUCGGGCGGAACCAACUUUCCCGCAGCGACCUACGACUAUUGCAACGUGACCCUCGCCUACUCUCACCCCGGCCGUGACGAUCAAGUGCUGCUGGGAAUCUGGAUGCCCGCGCCCGAGAAGUUCCAGAACCGCUGGCUGUCGACCGGUGGCGGUGGUUACGCUAUAAACUCUGGAGAUAGCUCUCUCCCCGGCGGUGUGCAGUACGGAGCUGCCUCUGGAUACACGGACGGAGGGUUCGGGAGCUUCAACACCCAGGUGGACGCGGUCAUCCUUCAUGCUAACGGCACGCUCAACUACGAGGCCUUGUAUAUGUUCGGAUACCAGGCUCACCAUGAGUUGAGUAUUGUCGGCAAGGCUCUGACCAAGAGCUUCUACGACACCAGCGACUCCAAGCUGUACGCAUACUAUCAGGGAUGCUCGGAAGGCGGUCGUGAGGGAUGGAGCCAGGUCCAGCGAUUCCCCGACGAGUGGGAUGGCGCCGUCAUCGGUGCGCCGGCCUUCCGCUACGGCCAGCAGCAGGUGAACCACCUCUAUCCCGGCGUGGUCGAGCACACCAUGGGAUACUACCCGCCUCCUUGCGAGCUGGAGAAGAUUGUGAACAUGACCAUUGCUGCCUGCGACAAGCUGGAUGGCCGUGCGGACGGCGUUGUUGCCCGUACCGAUCUUUGCAAGUUGCACUUCAACGUCAAUUCGACCAUCGGCGCUCCCUACUCCUGCGCUGCCUCGUCCAGCCGCCACAUCUUGAAGCGUGUCUUCAUGGACAGCACCACCCCGGCUCAAAAUGGCACCGUAUCUGCCCAAGGAGCCGCUGCGGCCAGCAAGAUGCUCGAAGGUCUGCACACCCUCGACGGCCGCCAGGCCUACAUCUGGUAUCAGCCGUCGGCCACUUUCGACGACGCCCAGACACAAUACAACUCGGAGACUAAGAAGUUCGAACUGUCGAUCACCUCGCUGGGCGGCGAAUGGGUGACUCGCUUCCUGCAGCUUCAGGACCUCGACAACCUGUCGUCGCUGGACAACGUCACUUACGACACCCUGAAAGACUGGAUGGAGCUGGGCUGGAAGCGCUACGAGGAUGUGCUCCAGACCACCUGGCCCGAUCUCACGCCCUUCCAGAAGGCCGGCGGCAAAGUGCUGCAUUACCACGGCGAGUCGGACAACAGCAUUCCCGCCGGCUCCUCCGUGCACUACCACGAGUCUGUGCGCAAGAUCAUGUACCCGGGCCAGUCGUUCGAGGAGAGCAGUAAGGCGCUGAAUGAAUGGAACCGCCUGUUCUUGAUUCCCGGCGCCGCACACUGCAGCCCUAGUACGAACCAGCCUAACGGGCCUUUCCCGCAAACUACUCUCGAGACCCUCAUCGAUUGGGUUGAGAACGGAGCGACGCCCGACCGACUGAAUGCGACCGUGCAGUCCGGUGACCACGAAGGCGAGAAGCAGGAGCUCUGUGCCUGGCCGCUGCGUCCGUUGUGGAAGAAUAACGGCACAUCGAUGGACUGUGUGCAUGAUCAGAAGUCUUUGGAUACUUGGGAUUACAAGUUUGAUGCGUACCGCGUGCCUCUGUACUGAGCAUGAGUCAACAGGU